AUGCUGGCAACUAGUAUCAUUCCUAGUAAAAUUAGAAAUCAAUAUUCGAAAAUAGAGAAGAUGUUGUAUUGGUAAAAUUUAGGAAAUAAGCAAAACUUUGCAAUUUUUUGCUCUAUUGUUCAUUUCUUCAUGUUUCAGAAAAAUUAUUAGCCAAUAUAAAAAAUUUUGAACACCAAUGGAAAGAUUUUGACUAAGGAUUCUCAAGAAUUAAAAUAAUUAAUACUCAAAAGUCUUGAAGAUUAAAAUCCAAUUUAACAAUUUUUUAGGAAUUUAUCAAAGCAAUAGGAAUGCAUUGAAAAAAAUAUUGAGAAUUUAUUAGAUGAACUGUGUAGAAUACAUUUGCUAAACAAAAACUAAAAGGCAUCUUUGCAUAAGUUAGGAUUAUUUUUAUCAAUUGAAAUUAAUUUCUUGAAUAGCAAUGAAAAAUAUGGAAGGGGAGUUUAAUAAAUCUUACUCUUUAAAAGUGAUAAAGAAUUUUAUUUCCUUAUCCCUCCUCAUUAAAUUACAUAAUUGCCUAAACUCCCAUGUUAAAUGUGUAGUAGCUAAAUGUAGUAUUAUAUUAAGUUGACUUGCAAACAUUUGAUUUGCUUGACUUGUAUCUAAACUUAAAAAGAGAAUUCAAAAGACAAUUACUUCCCUUGCGAAUGCAAACAAAUAAUUUUGAAAAAUGAGUUUUUGGAUGAUGCUAUAAAGGUAAUUUAAGAUAGUUAAAUACUAAAUGACUAUCAUUUUAGCAUAGCGCAAUUUUAUGAAAUGGACACAAAGGGAGAUUAGAGGAAAAAGGAAUCCAAAUAUGAAGAUGCUAUGUAUAUGAAAUAAUAGCCAAAUUAUUAUCAUCCCCAAGAGAUCAAGAAAUAUGAUUCAAAAAUCAUGGAUAGUUCAUAUAAAUAUUCGAGGCAAAAUCUAGAAAGAAUUCAAAAAAAUUAUGAUAAUACGGAUGUUAAUCCUUACUAUAGAUUGCAAAGAUUUGACUAAGAAUGUGAUGAGUAAUUUAUUUUAUAACCUAGUUAUUAUAUUGGGGCUGCGGUCAGAUAACAAUAUUAUUGCUUAAAUUAACAAGCAAGGACUUACUAGCCACAACCAAUGUAAGGGAAAGAUCAUUUCCAAGAGGGAAACUCACAUUCCUUCGAUCUAAUGAGUUCGAUGGAAGAACGAUCAUAAUAAUUCUGUGAAUAUAGCCAAAAAUUCCAAAAUCAGUUAUGUUCAUAUUGUUUGUCUCCAUUUGAUGAAUUCAAUUUGAUUUAAGACAUAGGUUGUUCUAAACAUGUAAUUGGGGCUUGUUGUAUUAAUAGAAAUUAUGAGAAAUGUCCAUAAUGCGAAAAAGUUAAAGAAUUAUAGAGUCGUAAGGCUGGUAGCAUGAAAUUCAAACCUGUCAAAGCCAAUAUCCACAAUUAGCCGACUGUUUAUUUUGGAGAUUAAAAUACAUAAAAAAAACAAACAAAGACGUCAAUAAUGAUACCCUCCUCAAAUCGAUUAGAACCAACAAAGAGUUCAAUUUAUGGAAAUUCAAGUUAAGAAGGGUAAAUUCAGAUGCAAUCUUAUCAAAGAAUUCGCUAGUCCAUUGAAUAUCAUUGA